AUGGCGUGUGGUGAGAAUCUCUACCGAUUUGUUUUAGUUACAUUGGCAGCCCUAUUGAUAGAGCUUUCUGGUGUAUCGGGAAGGGAAUUCAGGUUGUAUGCUUUUGAAUUCACUUCUCCAAAUAUUCAUCGACUGAACGCAAGAAGCGGUGCAGAAAAAGAGCUUGCCGUUUCUCUAAAGACUGGCGACAUGAUUAAGCUUGUUUUCUGUUUAACAGAGAAAGCUGAUGUGCAGGUCUCUGGUUUAGUUAUUUCAAACGAUGGCGGAGAGGAUGAGUUGUCUAUUUUAUUAGAUUGGGAUGAAGUUGGAUCCACUAGGUCUAAAUAUACACGACUGUCUGGACAAGGUUGGAAUAUUUUUGAGUCUACAAGUCCUGUGGGCCUUAGGAGGACAUUGGAUGCUGGGCGUCAUAGCGUCACAGUCAACGUGACGUCAGCAGAUGAAUUUGGAGUGGAACUAGACGCUGUAAUGAUCAAAGUUAGUGACGAAGACCUGAACGAAGACGCAUUUACAUGUAACGUAUUUUGUUUCAAUGAUAUCACAUAUGCUCACGUAGAAGGAAAGGACUUUAUUGCCAGUGCCCGGAUGGAACAGAGGAGCUACCGGACGGAGUGUGCCGAAGAAGAUAAUGUUCGUAUUCCGUUCUACCACAGUCGUAUUUCUAAAUUUGCAGUUAAAGCGAUGCAUCCUAAAUACAAAGCAUUCGUUAACCACAGAGGAUCUGAUUUCACAAACUGCAGAAUGGUAAAUGACCUACUUUGGCGUUUUGAAAAUCUUACUUAUCCGUUUUCUAUGAGACAAUUCAAGCGAGGAAAGGCAAUCAUUACACACGAUAAAAAUGACGACCAUAAUAUCAUUGUGACAUUCUUUAGUCCGGACGGUCCGAACAAAGGGGUGGUGGACUCUGAGAUCGGAUCUCGGCUUUAUGUUGAACUAAGAAAUGUUUUGGCACCAAUUGAAAUAGGACUAACAUACUAUGGGAGAGAGAAGAAAUGGUCUUCAUCCGAAUUCAUAACAUUCUCGCCUGAAAAGACGAAUCAUACCUGGCAUGUAUCAGACUACACAUGGAAUGAAAGUCCUGAAAACAUCAUUCGCUUGUUAUUGCCUCUAGACCUUCCGUUCGAAAUCGAUGUAGCAAUGAUAUCUUUAAAUAAGAGAAAGACAAAGGAGGACACAGCGUUUAAAGUGUUUGAUAAUUCAGAGAAAAUUAUAGAGGGUGUAAAUGUUGACUUUUUCUGGCGGUCGGACGGUGAUAUGGUGGUUAAAAUGACAGAUUCAGGGAAGGUCUAUACCGGAGCUGACUACGUCAGGAUUUACACACACUUGCCGUGGGGAAACCACGAAUUCUCUCAAAUAAUUGUCCUUUAUCGGGAUGGUAACUUCCGGAUUCUACCAUUAGCACCUCCUGGUGUCGAUUGGAUUCCAUUCGGAUCUUCUCUUUUAAUUGGGGAAACAGACCCCGAUUAUGAGCGUCCAUUUGCAUCUAUUUCAGAGGUAGAGAUUGACAUCAGGAAAAAUAUUCUGAAUUUGACGUACGCUAACGGAAAUACUGUAACCAUUGAACUUCAUAUUGCAUUUGCUGAAACUUCCCUCACUGUCACAAACAUUAAUUUCAAAAACAAACGACUGUUUCCGUUUAUGAUUUACAACUCAAUGUGGGUUUCUGACGGAAAUGCGGAUGUAGAUCGUGUGAGGGUGAAUGGAAAUGAGGCUCGCCGUAUCAUGGCAGACUGGCGGUACUUGUAUGGAACUUCCGUCGCAUUCUAUCGACAAUGUCUAUCGCGACACAACACAAUGAGUCCCGAUAUUCGAGUGGAACUUCUGGAGGAGGAAUGA